AUGUGGCCAGACGAAGAGCCACUAUGGCAAUGUCCGGGAUAUUUUGUCGAGUCAGGUAGCGCAGUUCAUUCAAUGAUUAUCGCUUGCCAUGGCAAUCGUGAUUUUCCGUUGACUGAUUUAGAAGAAACCCACGCCUACACCCGUGUAGCCGCAAAGUCGUUGGCUCUACUGGAUGAUCGAUGUAAGGAAUGGGAUGCUCCACCUGAGGAAACUGCGGAACUAUGGCAAGACUGUGCAAAAGCGCAAGCAGUCGUUUCUCUUUUCACAAACCUCUGUGCCCAAGCGCAUACCCAUGGGUUUACUCAAUACACUGACAUCACGCGUCCAUUCACCUCUCAGUUGAUGCUCUCGAAUGGUGUUGAUUUUGUCUUUGCUGUUGGGCAACUGAAUACAAUUGCAAUCAAUAUCGACUGUGAUGGGAUGCGAUUCCUUCCAACCGCCUUGAUUUCAUAUUUUCCAUUGUUUCUAAUUCUCAACACAUUAUUCUUUAACGAAUAUUUAAUUUAUUUCUUCAAAAUUGGAUUCACCUGCGAUUGGCCUUGUGAUGGUGUAAAAUGCCUAACGAAUGAACUACGCGUUUUUUUCAUCGCUGACACUCAUCUUUUAGGUGAACGGCAGGGUCACUGGUUUGACAAGCUCCGGAGAGAAUGGCAGAUGUAUCGUUCUUAUCGCACAGCUCUUCACUUGCUUGCGCCUGAUGCGGUUUUCUUCUUAGGUGAUCUUAUGGAUGAAGGGCAAUGGGGAGAUUGGACUGCAUUUCACAGAUAUGCUGAUCGUUUUGAUUCUCUGUUCGGCAGCACUUCAUCUGACGGACCGUCAGUUCACGUAUUGGCCGGGAAUCACGAUAUUGGAUUUCAUUACGAAGUGUCACCGUUUCGUGUCGAAUGGUUCGAAAAUCGAUUCAAUCGCAGUAAAGUUGAUGCUGUUGUGAUAAAAGGUCAGCCCUUUAUUCUUGUGACGUCGAUGGCCCUACAUGGUGAUGGUUGCCGGUUCUGCUAUGAGGCAGAGGUAGAGCUGGACGCAGUUGCUAAGGAACUGGAUUGCUCGAAACUGAAGAACUGUCCAAGCAAUGUAUCGAAUCGUUUUCAGCCAUAUCGCAGACCAAUACUUCUUCAGCAUUUUCCUUUGUUCAGGUAA